AUGUUCAAACAAGUUGACAUCUUUCUGAAAGAAAAGCAAGUCACUCAGGCUACUGGGACGUAUGCGUACCGUGCUUAUCUGGAAACCCUCUUGAAAUAUGGCCCCUCAGCCAAAGAUUCCCAGCUCACCGCAGCUCUGCUUUACAAAAACACUGCGGGAACAAUGGGCAUUGCAAAUCCUACCACAGCAGGUGACGCAGGCAACGCGGGUGUUAGAGCAAGAUACGUCUUCAGCAAGACAAGUGGAAUUAUUGAAAUGGCAGGGCCCAUAUUUAGCGAUGUAUUUAUGACCGAGCGUCUCCUGCUGAAUUACGUAGAUUUGAAAGUUAUUUUGAAUCGAAGCAGCAACGAGUUCUGUCUGAUGGCUUCCGAGGACGAUGUCGACUUCAGAGUGAAGUGGCCUACGAAAUUACGAUGA